ACUUAACACAAGCCAUUUGUUCGGCGGUUUUAUGCCGACGUACUACUGCAGUCUACAGGUAUACUGUAGUACUGUAGUCUGCAGCCGGCAAUUGUUCAUUUAAUUUUAAAUUUAAAUUUUACUAGAGCUAUUAAUUUGAUUAAAGGUACAAUGGCUGAAGACGAUUUUUUUGAAGGAGCUGAAAAAUUAUUGGAAAUAUGGUUUGGUCGCCAGGACGGUCAGGUUGAAAAUGGUGACUUGAGAAAAAUUCCAAGAGAAAAGUACAAAGAUCUUUUGAAACAUGCCAGUUGUGAAGUUAUCAGCUGUUCUAGUAAUGAUGAAAUUGAUGCAUAUGUUUUGAGUGAAAGUAGCAUGUUUGUUACAAAACGCCAAUUUAUAUUAAAGACAUGUGGCACUACCACUCCAAUAGAAUGCAUUAAACCUUUAUUAUUAUAUGUACAUGAGUAUACUGGGUUUGACGAGGUAGAGGAUGUGUUUUAUUCACGCAAAAACUUUGAACGUCCCGAACUUCAAAAGAAUACACAUCGGAAUUUCAAACAGGAAAUACAGGCUCUUGAUAUAAUAUUUAAAGGAAGUUGUACAGCCGGUAUGGCAAGAUGUAUGCAUUCAACUAAAAGUGGAGAUUCAUGGUAUUUAUAUGCAUUACAUCCCGUUGAAUGUUUUACAAAAGAAAAACAAACUUCCGAUCAAACUUUGGAAAUUCUAAUGUCUCAGUUAAAUCCUGAAGUAAUGCAAAUAUUUACUAAAGAGCAAUCUGCUAACGCUACUCAAGCCACUCAAGAGUCAGGAAUUGAAAAAUUAUUACCUAAUAUGAAGAUAGACGACUUCCUAUUUGAUCCGUGUGGUUAUUCCAUGAAUGGUAUUGCUAAAGAGGGACAUUAUAUGACAAUUCAUAUUACUCCACAACAAGAGUUUUCGUAUGUGAGUUUUGAGACUAAUGUUCCUCAAUGCUCAUACAAAGAGUUGAUCACAAAAGUACUAAAAACAUUCCAACCCGAUAAAUUUGUACUUACUAUGUUUACUAAUCAGAAAUCGCCAAGCAAAUCAAAUCACAAAGAAUUGAAAUACUUGACAGAGUUAGGCGAAUGGCGUCAAGACACAAAUAAGACGUGUUCCUUAAAGAAUCACGACCUAACUGUCUCGUUCUACUCAAAGUAUCCAAGCUGAGAUCAACUGUUAUUAAACAGACCUCUUAUUAAAAUUCAAAUGUCUCUAACGCCACAUUACACAACCGUCCUAUCUGUUCUAGUCUGCAUAAAAAAUUUAGUUGUUACUGAACCACUUUAUCAUUUUGCGUGGCGCCGCUUUAAAAUUGUUUAAAUUAAUUACCCUACUAGCAUUUUUUCGGUACUACUCAAAAUUCUAUAUUGUUGUUUUUUUUUUUUUUUUUUACAAUUUUAAGACUUGAUGAACAUUGUUGUUCCUGUAUUGGACAUUAUAUAAGUAAACAUGCUUAUUUAAAUAAUUGUGAUUAUAAUAAUGUGGCUGACAUUUUAAUUAGAGGUAUGUACUAAUUUAGUGCAGCACUACAAAAUUUCCAUUUUUUUAAUUAUUCUUAGUAAUUCAAUUUUUAUUUUUGAAACGAUACAUUCUUUUAGACUGUUAGACAUUUAUUUCUUUUUAAGUUUAUAACAUUGUUUUUAAUGAAGCAUUUUAUUAUGUUAUUUGUUUGAAAAGCUAUUAAUUUAUAAUAGAAUAGUUUCAAUAUAGAAUUAAACAAAAUAAAAAUUCUAGUUUUAUUAGUUUUUCUAUUUGAGUAUAUUUACAGUUUUUGUUUAAGAUUGUAGCAUUUGAAAUACAACCAUU